AUGAACUGUUCUUCACUAUUGAUUGCCACCGUCGUUUUCCUCGUGUUUUCUGUUACGGCGAAGCCAACUAGCACUACACAAGCUCCUGAUGGUUAGUUGAUUACUCUAUUUAGAGCCGCAUGACUAACUAUUGCAUUUAUCCAGAGUCCUUUGACUUGGAUCUGUUCCUGGGCGCCAUGGGAGAUGGCCACUUUGCCAAUGCCGAAGUCGAUGGGAUCGAGACUCAAAGCCCGAAGAAAACCGAAAAACUGCCGGGACAGAAGAAGAUGAAGCAAGAGUUUCAGCAGCCGGAGGGUGUUGUCCCCGAGUUUACUGGAUCAUUUGUCACUGAUGCUCCAACCAAGACGACUGGAACUCAAACUUCCGAAGAAGAGACUGAUGAGGAUUACUUCGGAACUGGCGCCGACUCGGGAUCCGCCUCCGCGUCUGGACCCGUCACGAACCCAGCCGCCACUUACCUGGAAGGCGCCGACUUUGAGAAAACGCCACAGCCGUCGUGCCAGAUGCUCGGAUGCACUGGCCCGAUCCCGAACGACGGCACCUACGCAGUCAUGUCCGCUUCUUUGGAGAACAAGGCGUGCUCUCAGAUCUUCGUCGCAAUGAACGGAUGCACUGACAACAAGGGCUAUCCGAUGGGCAUGCUGUGCUCGGUGUGCUGCGAUUGCGCAAACUCCUUCGUCCACGAGAUGAAGAAGACGUUCGGGUACAAGUCGAAUCUUUCGACUUCUACCUUCAACUAG